GGCAUCUUUCCGGCUACUUGUCGUCGCAUUACCAAACGGUUUGUCUAUUCGUUGACUGUUUAUAUGGCGUAUCGUGGUAUGCGAGGCGGCCAUCGCAGAGGCCGAGGCUACGGGCGAGGCCGUGGAGGUGGAGGAUACAACGAAAGUCGAGGUGGUUGGAAGGGCGGCGCGUCGAGCGAUCGCAGAGACAUCGAGGGUUUAACCGAAACUCUUAAGGGUCUCGACGGCGCCGGAUACAAAGCGUACAACUCGAUUCUUGGCACGUGGCAAUUUCCCGGAUACACGUUUAUAGUCGACCGCGUGCAGACCGACCCAUACGCCCCACCCUCUCACUGCCGGGUUCAAGUGCCACAUGACCUAGCUCAAUAUCCCAGCUGGGCUACUGGAACGACGUCUCAGCGGAUAGCGUGCGCAGACUAUAUUACCCGGACGUUCUCCAGAGCAGCAAGAGCAGGCGGGCACGACCAGGAUGCAGCAGGUGAUGGUUGGCACGGAUCGAAAGGCGGGGCAAUCAGCAUUGAGACUCCCGUUCAACACAUUUUGGAAAGAACGUCAUGCUUGAUAAACUCUGUGGGCAACAUUGAGUUACGAUUCACGGUAUCGCUGCCUGCUCGUGGCAGGAGCAUUGAAGGAUUCCGGUGUGCUCACAUACUGACUGAAAGUCUUCCCCAGGUUGUCACUAAGUCGGUACCUUUUGGUAAUCAAAGCCAAGCUCAAGUGCAGACUCACAUUCAAUGCUAUGAAGAUCAGGAAUCCCUUCGAUCGCAACUCGGCACGAAGAAUCUCGUUGCGUUUAUCGCAAACGGAUCCAUUUUACCACGUCAGAGUGGUAUUAGUGAUCGACCGAUGGAUGUGGCCAAGGCCGUCGCAUUUAUGUCGCCUCAGUCUCUCGAAACGAGCUUCACGUUACCACACAAGGGCACGGUGACAGGGAUGGGCAUACGAAAGGGUGUCACUGUCAUUGUGGGUGGAGGGUUCAAUGGUAAAACUACUCUUCUGACGGCACUACAACUUGGUGUAUAUAACAAGAUUCCGGGCGACGGCCGAGAGUAUGUGGUUGCAGACCCAACGGCUAUCAACAUACGAGCCGAAGACGGUAGAAGCGUUACUGUUGUUAAUAUCCAGCCGUUUAUUGAUAAUCUUCCAUUUGGACUCGAUACGACGAGCUUUAGUUCUCCGGAUGCUAGUGGUAGUACAUCGCAAGCAGCUAAUAUAUUAGAGGCGUUUGAGACCGGAUGCAAGUGUUUGUUGAUCGAUGAAGAUACGAGUGCUACGAACUUUAUGAUUCGAGAUGUGAAGAUGCAGAUGUUAGUGGCAGCAGAGAAAGAGCCGAUCACUCCAUUUGUGUCCAAAGUCAAGAGUCUGUUUAGCGACCACGGUGUGUCGACUGUAUUAGUGAUGGGGGGAUCGGGCGAUUAUUUCCAUGUUGCAGACACGGUCAUCAUGAUGGAUGCGUAUCGUCCGAUCGAUGUUUCGGCGAAAGCGAAGGAGAUUGCAUCACAACAUAGUCAGAGUGUUAUGCCUGAUCUCAAGUUUGACUGUACAACUAAACGGAUACCCGUUGCAUCGAGCCUCGAUCCGUCAAAGGGCUGGAAAGAAAAGGUGAACAAAGUCAAAGGCAAGACACAAUUCGGAUUCCAAGUGCAGUUUGGUACCGAAGACAUCGAUCUUUCGUACGUCGAGCAGCUGGUUGAAAGAAGUCAGACAAAGUCUAUUGGUGAGGCUUUGAUAUUGAUGAAGGAGAAGUAUAUGGAUGGCAGUCGGUCGGUCGCUGAGUGUUUGGCAAAGCUUCAAAAUGAUUUAGAUGACAAAGGCAUUGAUAUAUUAUGUCAGGGUCGUCCUGUUGGGGAUUUGUCUAGGGCUCGUGUGCAAGAAAUAGCAGCCGCUUUGAAUCGGUACAGACGGUUGCAAGUGAAGAAAGUGUGAUGUUUUGUUGGGUGCAUUAGUGGCUGUGGUUAGUUAAUGCCAGUUGCAUGCGUUUGGGCAAGAAACUAUGGUUGAAUUAAUUAAGUGAGGACUUUAGUGGGCAUUACUACAAUACCGGAUGUAUGGAAAUUUGUACUUCCUCCAAAUGUAAUAAUCAUUAUGCAAAGGUAA